AUGACCUCGGUGUUCAGCCUUUCCCAGGGUCCGCGAUCUAAUUCACCCAAGGACAGCCCCUCAACACAGACAAGUACCCCAGCAAGCCAGAAAACCCAGUCAAUAGGACGAAUAGAACAAAAAUCGUCCUCGGAAUCUUCUAUGGCCCCUCCAGCAGAUAAUGGCUGGAUUCCGUGUAGUUGGCAAGGAGACUUGAAAGGCGUCGUCUCCAAAAAUCGAUAUUUCGGCCAGAGCCAUUGGAUGAAUUACGUUACUCCAUUUCAGGCUAUCCAGAGGCUGGUGGUACAGUAUGAGACGGACCCGGAAUCGGAAUUAUACGAUUUGACCAACAAAUGCAAAAUAGCUAGCAGAGACAUCAAGGUUCAGGAAAAGAUUUUUUCAAGCAUUGCUUCUCAUCCCAGCGAUUAUGUUCCACCACGUGAAACUGCAGACAAGCUUUUACAGUCAUAUCUACAAACUUUUGAUCCUAUAUACCGGAUUAUGCACGUUCCCAGAUUUCAAAGGGAAUAUGAGCUCUAUUGGAUGAACCCUCGAACGAGCAGUCAUGGCAUGGUAACCAGGCUAUUGCUCAUGAUGGCUAUUGGCACACUAUUUCAGCCUCGACAAGAAGCAACGGUGCUUCGCUCGUCUGCUUUACAAUGGAUCUAUGUAGCUCAGACAUGGGUCAGCACCCCGUUUGAUAAGUAUCGCUUGACCAUCGAAGGUCUGCAAAUCCAAUGUCUUCUUAUCUUAGCCAAACUCACGCACGAUGUUGAUGGUGACUUUCUUCGAGCAUCCUCUGGGUCUUUGCUUUCGACAGCCAUGCAAAUUGGUUUGCAUAUAGAUCCUGAAUUGCAUGGCUUUGAAAACCUUUCCGCGGAAGAUAUCCAGCUGAGACGAAAGCUGUGGGCCACUGUUUUGGAGCUUGUGGUUCAGACAAGCGUUGACUCUGGUGCCACUCCCCUUAUUCGUGCUUCGGAUUUUGACUGCAAAGCGCCAUUAAAUGUGGAAGACAUGAAUCUAGAUCAAGAUACCGCGCAUUCUCUUUCCACUGUGCGGCCACCGCAUAAAUACACUCAGUCGUCUCUGCAGAUCAUGUUGACAAGUUCUCUUCUCCUUCGACUGGAAAUCGUGGCAUUUGUCAAUGAGUUUUGCAUCGAUUCCAAUAAAUACGACAAAGCCCUAGGUCUUGCCAAGAGGCUCACAGAAAACUGCACUUCCAAUUCGGCUGCUUUCCGAGCGUUCAAAGAGUCAUCACAUUUUCCUACCGAUUUUCAGAUUUUCAUGGUUGAAUUACUCACCCACCAAUACCUUUUUGCUCUCCACUACCCCUAUGCCAUAAAAGCAAAAUCGGAUCCCGCGUUUUAUUAUUCAAGAAAAGUCUGUCUCGACACAGCCCGGCUAUUCCUCCAAAUACAAGACGAUGCAUACGCGCAUCUUCAGUUGUGGGGUGGAGGUAUCUUCCGAGCAACCCCUCUCCAAGCUGCUGGUUUUAUCGGAGAAGAGAUGCUCUAUCAACUUGAGACCGAUACUACAUUUUUUAGCAGGGAGAAGAGGCUUUUAGAUAGCCAGAAUGGCCUUCGCAAGUAUAUCGAAUACUAUUUGGAAAUGGCAUUUGAUCGACUCAAAGUCGGGCCAACCAAUAUCCGGCCAUAUGUUAUGAUGUCGGCAUUGCUAGCUCAAAUUGAUGCUACGAGCGAGAAACUACCGGUUGAAGAAAAAGUCCUGGCAAAAAUUCGGAAUGAUCUCGCAUCCUGUUAUGAAGUGCUUCGGGGGCGGCUGCAGGAAACGAAUUCCGACAGUGGCACGAUACAUGAAAAUGAUAUGGGGGUUGACGCAGGUACCUGGCAGGAUUUUCUUACAGUAAUAUCCGAGAACCCGGCAUCAGCUUAUAUCCGAACAUUCCUUGCACUACAACGCAAGCCGACAGUUAUUACCGAAUCAUUUACGAUGGCACAGACAGACACCGAUCAAGAGUCUGCUCGACUUGAAAAUGGCAUUCCAAAUGAAACUCAGAGUCCGGAUGGCAACCAAGUCGACAAAGUUGAUGAGAAAAUAUCAGACGGCUUUCCUGAUGGAGGGUUCCAGGCCUGGUCCGUGGCAAUUAGUGCUUCCUUUGUGAUAUUUUCCACGUUGGGCUAUACCAAUUCUUUCGGUGUCUUUCAAGCGUAUUACGAAGAAACUCUUUUGAAGACGACCAGUCCAUCGGCGAUUUCGUGGAUUGGGUCUCUGCAAGCGUUUUUCUUGUUUGGGGGGAUUCUUCUUGGAGGGCCAUUGUUUGAUAGAUACGGAGCGACGACCAUGCGAAUCCCAGCGCUACUCUACGUCUUCUCCAUCAUGAUGAACAGCAUAUGCAAAACUCUCUGGCAACUUAUCCUAGCCCAAGGAAUCCUCGGCGGAAUAUCAGCCGGAAUGACUUUCUCGCCUGGAAUCUCGGCGGUAGGCCACUACUUUCGGAAGAAACGAGGACUUGCUAUGAGCCUGGGAGUUGCGGGCUCAUCUUUGGGGGGCGUUAUCUUACCGAUUGCACUUAAUGAAAUGCUACACAGCAGUACUAUCGGGUUUGGAUGGGCGGUGCGAAUCGUGGGGUUCAUCACGCUCGCUUUAAUCUUGCCAUCUAGCAUAUUCAUCCGGGCGCGUCUGCCGUCUCGCAAGUCGUCGCUAUUCAUGUUCUCGGCGUUCAAACAGCCAGACUACCUCGUAUUGGUGGCUGCAUGCUUUUUCUCUACUCUGGGCAUGUACCCGCCCAUGUUCUAUUUCCCGACAUACGCCAUCCAACACAACAUGAGCUCCAAACUCGCCUUUUAUUUAGUGGCUAUUCUCAACGCGGCCUCGUUUCCCGGACGAGUCCUAACAGGGUUUAUGGCUGACAAAUGGGGCCGUCUCAACAUGCUCAUCUUUGCUUCAUUUACGAGCGGAGUGCUAGCCCUGUGCUGGCAGGCCGCUCACAGCAACACCUCCAUCAUAGUUAUUACAGCGUUUUUUGGGUUCUUCUCUGGAGGCAUUAUAUCGGGCACCUCGAUUGCCAUCAGCUCCGUCCCGAAAGAUCCGAGAAACAUCGGCACGUAUCUGGGCAUGGGGUUUGGGGUUAUGGCGUUUGCGACACUGGCGGGUCCGCCGGCGAGCGGUGCUAUGGUGUCGCAUUAUCAAUCUUUUACGCAGGUGUCUGUGUUUAGUGGCGCGUGCUGUCUGGUUGGUGCGGCUCUGGUUGUUCCUGCGAAGCUGUAUGCUGGACAUGGUCUUUUCUCUCUGUCUUAA